AUGCCGAUUUCAAAACUUUGCACGCAGCGUGGUGCAGCAGCGGUCGCACCAAACGAUUUGUAUUGGUAUCUUGCCGUCGCGUUCGACAAACUACGCGUCAAAGACGAAUGUAAUAAAAUUUGUGAACUUCGCGUAGCUUACAGGUACGAAGACUAG